UGCGCACUAGGCGCUACAGGCUGGGAGGAGCUUCGGGAUUUUUCCCACUUGUUUCAUGCCACUCUCGAGUGAAGACUCGCUCGCAAAAGGAGAAAUAGGGGGAAGGGCGUCGCGACGGCCUUGAUCUUCCAACACAAUGAGCCCGCCAGACACAUCCAACGGAACAGGGGAAGGGGAGGCCGCUGAAACCGGUCCCUCAGUUCUAGUUAACGACAGCGCGGGUUUGCGCCCGCCUGGCUUCGACAGCGACGUCACCAAGCACAUCGGCGUCCAGAUCACCUUGAUCACGGCGUAUUCGCUGAUCAUCAUGCUGGGGCUGCUGGGGAACUCGCUCGUCAUCUACAUGAUCAUUCGCUACAGAAACAUGCGAACAGUGACCAACUUUUUCAUAGCCAACCUGGCCCUUGCAGACCUUCUUGUGGACACGCUUUGCUUGCCCUUCACUCUGGUGUACACUCUGCUAGAUGAGUGGAAGUUCGGGGCCGUGUCGUGCCACAUGGUGUUCUUUGCCCAGGCCCUGAGUGUGCACGUGUCCAUCCUGACUCUGACCGUCAUAGCUCUGGAGCGCUACCGCUGCAUCGUCUUCCACCUCGGCCGCCGCCUCACGUGGGGGUCCAGCUUCCUCAUCAUGGCACUCACCUGGAUUCUGUCCGCUGUUCUCGCAGCGCCCCUGGGCAUUUUCAGAGAGUACCACAUCGAAGAGUUCCCUUCCAUCAACCUGCGUAUAGCCGUCUGCUCUGAGAAGUGGCCCAACGGGAGCAGCAGGGACGGGGUCAUCUACAGCCUCUCAAUGCUGCUCCUGCAGUACAUCAUUCCUUUAGCCGUCAUCAGUUAUGCCUACAUAUGCAUCUGGGUCAAACUGAAGAAUCACGUCAGCCCCUCCAGCCGCAACGACAGCAUCAAGCGCCGCAAAAAGACCACAAAGAUGUUGGCGCUGGUGGUGGUGGUGUUCGCUAUCUGUUGGCUGCCCUUCCACGUGUUCCAGCUGGCCAGCGAUCUGGACCUGGUGCUCAGGUUCAAGGAGUAUAAACUGAUAUACACGGUGUUCCACAUUGUGGCAAUGUGUUCGACUUUCGCCAACCCCCUGCUGUACGGGUGGAUGAACAAAAACUACAGGAAUGGCUUCCUCAUGGUCUUCCGUUGCGAGGACAAGCCAGAAUCGUUCCACCCGGAGGGCUCGUUCAGGACUCGCUCCAUGAGGGGGAUGACUCUGAACGGCUGUAACGGCGGACACCCUCCCACCGCUGUGUGAGGUUAACAGUUUAAAAUGCCUGUAAAUCAUGCGCCUCUUUUUAGAGGUACUUGUGGUUCUAAAGUAGGCUUUUGACUUGAUUGGUCUGAUCUCUAUCUAUCUGUGUCAGUGGAAAGGACCCAAAGCUUUGCAUGCAAAUUGCUUUAUGUAAAGCUCUUCUUUCCUUUCAUGAAUGGUACUUGUGAAAUACAUUUUGUCAAACCUAUAUAUGUGUUUAAAAUGUUUACUUAGGUGUUAUUUAUCUUGGUAUAACGUACGAUGUGUUCUCCCGUAAAUGCAGAACCCUUGUUAUAAGCAAUGUCUCAUUGUUUUAAUGAAGGGAAGGCUGUGAUUAUUGUGACUGUGAGAGUUUCACAACUGUUUUUCUAUCACUUGGCUGUUGAAAACAUUUGGAUGAUUGUCACUUAAUUAAUCCAAAUGCUGUGUUUUUGAUUAGUAGGAAUAUUCUAGCAGAGAAAUGUUCAAUCCGUGUCCAAGAAAUCCAGGGGAGGAAAAUUUUCUGUCCGAACAGGAAGCUAAUUGUCUUCACCUGGCAACCAGCUGUUCCUGAUUAGACCGAGCUGCAGGACUCUGUUUCCAGAGGAAUGGGAUUGAAAGUUAUUGAUGUCUUCGUCGCACAAUGUGGCCGGCUCCUUUGGGGAUGAAAGGAGUCUGAAUGUGCAAUUCUACAUGUAUUACCGUGCUGCUAAAGUGUCCUUUGAUGGUGGUCUUUAAUGAACACGGCAUCAUUAAGGAACAGCAAGGCCUCUGGGCACAAAUAUAUACCGAGCCCUAGCUCCACACAUAAAUCUCCGACCUGACUGACCAUCAAGAGAAAUUAUGUUUUGUGCCUCCAUGUCAAAUAAAGAGACUUUGACUGGGAUAUGUUUAUUUGAUUAUGGUGGAAGUUAAGUAAAUGCCUGUCAGAGUGCAUACAAAUAAAGCAUGUCUUCUGAAAGCAUUGUAAUAAAACUGAAAAUGUAUUUUAACACUCGCGCUGCACAGAGGCUGCUCCUGGUCUAAUCCUGCGGUCUGAUGCGUGUGCCUUGUAUGGCUAGGGUCCGCAGGAAGGAUAAACUUUAAUUCUCUGAACCUGACGGCUGAAAAAUCCAUGUGUACACUAACAAACCUUGGGCUUAAUCUUGAGGGAAAA